AUAAUGGCUCGUACCAAGCAAACUGCUCGUAAAUCCGAGGGAGGAAAAGCUCCUCGUAAGCAGCUCGCCACCAAGGCUGCCCGCUCCGCUGGCGGAGUGAAGAAGCCCCAUCGUUACAGGCCCGGCACCGUGGCUCUGAGAGAGAUCCGUCGGUACCAGAAGUCCACUGAGCUGCUGAUCCGUAAGCUGCCGUUCCAGCGCCUGGUGAGGGAGAUUGCUCAGGACUUCAAGACUGACCUGCGUUUCCAGAGCGCUGCCAUCGGCGCCCUGCAGGAGGCCAGCGAGGCGUACCUAGUGGGUCUGUUUGAGGACACUAACCUGUGUGCCAUCCACGCCAAGCGUAUCACCGUCAUGCCAAAAGACAUCCAGCUGGCCCGCCGCAUCCGUGGAGAGCGCUCUUAG